GGCUUGCAGUAAUGGGCUGCUAAACCACGUUUUAUGAGUGGUUAGUUAUCUGGUGAAAAUUAUUUAUUAAUAGUCAUUCUGCUAGUUUUUGAUAAGUAGUCCAAAGGAAAAUGUCAGUUUUCUCCGAACCGGCUUUGGAGAAAAAAUUGGCAGAACUUAGUAACUCGCAGCAGAGCGUGCAGACCUUAUCUCUGUGGUUAAUUCACCACAGAAAACACUCCAGAACCAUCGUCAAAGUUUGGUAUAACGAACUAACAAAAGCUCAGGUAUCACGCAAACUGACGUUUCUUUAUCUUGCGAAUGAUGUCAUCCAGAAUAGCAAGAGGAAAGGGCCAGAAUUUACACAGGACUUUGCCCCAGUCAUUACUGAUGCCUUUAAACAUGUUUUCAGGGAUGGAGAGGAUGGCUGCAAGAAACAGCUGGAUCGGAUUUUGUCCAUCUGGCAGGAGAGAGCUGUGUAUGAGAAUGAUCUUCUCGAUAAACUUUCUGUAGUUCUACAUGGAGAAAAGAAGGCCAAGAAGCGUGUACAUGAAGAAAUUAAAGUAGAUGAAGACAUUGCCUCACAGAGCUCUCCCACAGACCCUCCACAGACAGCAGAAUUAAUUCGGGCACUGCAGGAGCUGGAGAACGCUGCCUCAAGUGACUCUGCCCUUCGUCAAAGGAUCUAUGCUCUUCCCCCAGAGGUGCAGGACUCCUCCCUGCUACACAAAGUCACAGAUAAGGAUUCUGGUGAGCGUUUAUCCAGGCUGGUAGAGGAGGCAUGCAUGCUCCUAGCAGACUACAGUGGACGUCUGGCAGCUGAGAUAGAUGACCGUAGGCAGCUCACACAGUUGCUUACUCUCUUUUUGCAGAGUCAGCGGGACGGCCUGACAAAAAACGAGCAGAAACUAGAAGAGUACAAGUGUAAGCUGGCAAGAGUGACACAGGUGCGAAAGGAGCUUCGGUCUCGUUUAAACAGCAUGCCAGACAUUUCCCGGCUCCCUAAUGUAACAGAAGGCCAUGUACGCCUGCCCUCCUCUGGUCUCUACAGCUCCUCUAACUAAUCUGGAUUGUAUCUAUCUGUCUGGCUAAAACUCAAGCUUGUUGUCGUACCUUAGGCUUGUUCCCAAUUCCUGUGUUUGCCCGCAAUCCUGUUCUACUUUAGGUGUGUGGAUGUGAUAUGUAACAAAAAAGUUUUAUCGAGUAGUUUUUCACCUAUGAACAUUUGGCUUGCACCAUUUUCCUGACAACAUGGAUUUUGUAAAUCUUACUUGAGCUGUGUUUUAAAUGUGUACUGGUCAUCUUACUCAGCUCUAUUAGGAAAAAUCCCAUCAGUUUUAAAUUAAGAAGACAGGUUGAGUGUAUAAGCUACAGAGUCUUAGUCUAUUCAAACCUGAAAGUCCUAGAAUACGAUAUAAAUUCAGUCUUUGCACAACAAAAACCACUCCACUUUGUUGAGUGAACAUUAGUUUGUCUCUGCUGUGAUACUACGUUUGUUAAUUCUUUUCAAACCACUUUGGUGCUUUUUAAUUUUGCAGAAAAAAAAUUGUGUUUUCAUGAAAGUGUUUUCAUGAUAUUUCAAACACUGGCAAACAUGAGUGUUCUGAUUUAUGAGGCAUGUAAAGCACUAUAUCUGCUCACUACAUAAAGUAGAUUCCUUUCUUGUGCUUUGCAUAGCAUUACCUUGUAGUGUAUAUUUGCUGUAAUAUUUUUGUAUUGGUGAAUUUUAGUAAUUCACAAGAACAACAAAUAGCUGAAAUCUUAAUAACUAUCUCUUUUACUUGAAAUUUUAAAAUAUUGCUAGUCCAUAUAAAAAAAAAAUACAGAACCCUCAGAAGCUGUAGUUUAUGGGUUCUCCUAAAAUGCUGCAAGAAAAUUUUAUUUUCUGUAUUCAGUGCUCGGUUAAACAAGCAUUUAUAGCACCAAUGAUAAACACAGCAAAUGUUUCUUUUAACCAUUUGCUUAAUUUUGUCAUUGUUACAGUUUUUGAACAAUAUCUAAAGGUAUGUUUGAUGUCUACAAUAUUUGUUGGUAUAGUUUCUAAUGAUAAACAAUCAUGAAAUAGGCACCAAAUGUUAUUAAAAUGGUUGUCUCGUGUUUUAAGGGCCUUUAGUUAUGUGAUAAAUCUAUUUCCAAAGAUGUUUUAAUAAAUAUGGCUCUACAGUGUUUUUUCUUUUGAGCUUGGAGGUAGGAGCAUUUAUAUAGUGUGCGUGUUUACUGUAUUGUGACCCCCGGGUUUUGCAAACAUAAGCAGAUCAUUUAAAGGGACCUGUCUUACAUUUGACAAUUUAUAACUUAUUUGUCAAUGUGUAUCUUAACAUCGAGGCUUUGUAGAAUGUUUAGAUAUGUGAGCCAAAUAAAAAGGAAAUAUGAAGGUUA